GCGGUCAGUCUGUAACCUGGGUAUGCGGACGGUUUGAACCGCAAUGUUACCUAACGGUUCUACUGAUACGUUUGUUGAUAACGUUUGCUUUAGUCAACUUACAUCGUCUAUUCGUCUGCUACACGACUGCCUACAAGUUACAACUACGACAACACUCUACAGUUUGUACUUAUUAUCAUCAAGAUUCGCGACGUCGACGAUAUAAUAUGAUAUUGUGGAUUAGUGACUAAGUCUUGGCCCCGUUAUUUGGAUUUUGUAACUGUGUGCAUUUUACAGUUGAUCGCUAAUAAUAAUUUAACUGCGCGAAUAAUAAUAUUCAAUUUCAGAAAUUUAUUACUACCACGACUACAAGGAAUGUUAUGAUGCUCGACCAAGAAAAUCAGCCUAAUCUUCCAAAUGGAACAGAAUCAUCAAACAGUUCAUUUCAAGACAAGACAGUCAUAAAAAAUGGUGUUUCAGACAAUAUUUUCAGUAGUCAUGAGGAAUAUUUAGGUGAUGUGUCAUUGGGUGGUUUUAACGUUUCUCAGCUCACAAACAAAUUAGAACGUCUAGCUUUAGCUACUCCACAAGUGUCAAAAAUCAGACCUGAUAGUAUAGUGAUUGAAGACGAUUUUGAUCUAAAAGAACGCCCAGAUUCAGCUGAUUCAGAUAGCGGUAGGCCUGUAACUUCAAAUGACAGUUCUAUUUACAGGUCAUUUGUUACAGAUUCUGUUGAAAACCAACAGUUAGAUAGUUUAGACUUUUCUUCAACUAUAUGCAACGAAGACAUUAAUGACUCUGGCAGUAAUAUCGAAUCAAUACAUGAAAAUUUAACAUCAGUGAAUUUGGAUUUAGUUGGCUCUGAUUUUGAAGACUCUUCGCAUAAUGUAACUCUACAUUCUUUCUCAAACAAAUCAACAGAAGAAAUAUCACAUCAAUUAAAUCCAGACUUCAACAAUUCAGCACAGAAACUAAAUAUUUCGCUAAUGGAUGGUAUAGGAUCAGAAAAAAUAUUCCAGUCGAAUAUUUUUGAAAGUGAAAUCAAAAAUUCUAGUGAAGCAGGACCUGUAAUAGCUGAAGGUUUCAAUUCAUCUGCGGGGUAUAAUUUUGAUAAUCUAGAAGCUCUUGAAUCCGUGAGAUCGUUAAAUGAAGAAGAUAUUAGAAGGUUAACUAUUUCCAGAAAAUCUUUAUAUGUAGCAUUUGACCCUAUUGUGAAAAAAUCUAACGAGGAGUCCAAUGCUCGGAAAGAAGCAUUUGAAAAUAUACUAGUCACAGAUAAAACAGUAUUGACUAGUUCUCCACAAUCUAGUGGUUCUAACAAAUCUCUGAAUAUUUCAGAUACCAAAAUGAAUCAGUCUAUUACCAAAGACGAGAAAAUCAGUAACAGUUCUAAUUCCAAAACUAAUGACAGAGAAAAAUGUUACCAAGAUAAAAUAGAAAAGUUGGAAUGCGAAAUCAAGAACCUUAAAAACGAAUGUAUUGCGGACAAAGAAAAAAUUAAAAAUUUGACCAACUCAUUGAUAUCAGUAACUAAAAGUAAAGAUCAAUUGAGUACUGUGAUUGGAGAAUAUGAAAAAACUAUUUCUGAUAUGGUCUCUAAAAAAGAAGAUGUACAUAAAGAAUAUGAAGCUCGAAUUGCGUAUAUUGAAGAAGAAAGAGCAAAAAUGGAACGUCACCUACAAAAUUCAGAAUUGGCAUUCAAUGAUGUUCACGAAAAAUAUAAUUCCUCAAAGCAAGUAAUAGAGGCAAUGAAAGAAAACGAAACAAAAUAUAAAAACUGUAUUAAAGAAUUUGAAGAAUCUCUCAAAAAGUAUGAAGACAAAUAUAUGAGGUUAAAAAUACAUGCCACCGAACAAAUGAAUAAAGCCACUGAAGAAAUAAAUGAUAAGGAGAGAUCAUUUGAGGCAGAAACUUCAAAAAUGAGAAUAAUGAACAAACGCUUAGAGGUGAAAGUCAGAUCAUUACAAGAGUCGUUAGAUAGGAAAGACGUGGAAAACGCUGAGCUAACUAAUCUUUGCGACGAACUAAUAGGGAAAUUAGAUAGAAACUGAAAUACCUUAGUUGCAUCAAUUAAAAAAAAAAUUUAGAACUAUUAAUCUUAAUAUGUACACUUAAUAUUACUUGAAUUAUUAUUUACUCACUAUGUUUUGUUAAUAAAAGUAAGUAAAUUUAUAUAUAAUUAUACAAGCAAAGCAUAGAUCACAUACUAAACUAUUGAUUACAAUUAAUUAUAAUUUUACAUGUUAUGUACCUGUUAAAUGUAAAUUAAAAAUAUAUUAUUUAUUAUUAUUACAUCUUCUUUUAACUUAUGAUUUUCGAGGGUGAAGAAUUUUCAUUUAUGUACAGAAUAAUUUGAUCGGUAACAACCUAUCAAUUUAAUUUGGAUAUACGCAAUGGAUUUCGUUUUUUCUAGUAAUAAUAAUUGUACAAUACACUUAAAAAUGUAAUUUUAUUGUUAUUCCUCUUUCAACAAUUAAAUUAUAUAUUUUUUUGUAAUAAAAAAGGUGAUCAUUAUAAUUUAUAGUUUAUAGAUGAGCUAUAAAAUAUGUAUAGAAUUAAAAUAACUAAAAAUGGUUGUAUGUCAUAUCUUUACAUCCAAAAUGUUUGUAACUCUCCACCAAUAAAACUGUUGUAAUUUUUAAAUAUUUUGAAGAAGAGCUAUUUUAAUCAAUCAGUUUAUAUAAGUCAAGAAUCUUGAAAAUUAAAAAAAUAUCAAUUUAUUUUUAACUUUGUUAAAUAUAAUAUGCUUUCUAAUUUUUGUAAGCAGUUAUUUAUAACUCAUACCCACUAACUUUGCAUUAAGCGUUACAUUCUCUAAUUAUUAUUAUUUGUUUUUUUCUAAUUUUACAACUAGCUAAUAAUUGUUUAUAACCUAUCUUUUUGUUAAUCAUAAUGUUUUUAACCCUUAUAUUAUUCCAUCCUAAUAUAUGUAGUACCUAAUUUUUAUUCAAGCAAAAUUAUACUAUUGUAUAUUUUUGAGAAUUAAUCAAUACAAUACGAACACAUAUGUUAGUUGUAAUUGUUUAAUUUUUUUUAACAUUGUACUUUGUAAAUAUAUUUAGUGAAAUAAAUGAUAAAAUAAUAUUGUA